CGAUAAUACUUGCGGAAGUGCAAAGGUGUAAGGUUGAGUAUGUUAUCUCGUCAGUCGUGAUAUUUGCGUAGAAAUCUGUGCUGUUUGGUUCCCUCAGCAAGCAUGGCAGAUCUUCAGAACAUUUCUGGGGGUAAAGCAGAGUUGCAGCCUGAAGCCAUAACUGAUAUUGGUGUGCUGGCAUCCAAGAAAGAACCUCCAGCAGGCUACUAUAUUGUUGCACAAACAACAGAUGGCUUCGACGCCAACCUGUGGAAGGACAGCAUAUUUAAAUCCAAGGUCACACGCUAUCUUUGCUUCACCCGGGCUGCCACCUCCAAAAAUAAGCAAUUAUGCAACGUGGUCGUGGACGUGAAGUUGAUCGACUUGAAGGACUGUUUGCCAGAGGGCUUCACUCCUAUCCAAGACACCACGGAUACCCAGGAGCAGGCUUUGAGGAAGGAGAGACUGUGUGUGAAGUUGGUCCCCAGGCACUGCGCUGAUAUGGCUAUAUGCGAUAUGGUUGUACAGGGGAAAUCAAAGCACAGCCUCACUAAUUAUACAUUUAUAGGUGAGCUGAAUGGUUUGGGGAUUUGGUAUCAGCUGGGAAAAGUCAUUAAGUCGCAGGAUACAGUGCUUAAAACCUCCUCUACCGCUGGUGUUGCCAGAAAAUGCCUUGAGUCUCCGGCCUCCAGUCCUACUAAAAAGAACAUGGUCAGGCCAGACUAUGAACACCAAACCUACAACCUCUACACCAAAUCAGCUAUGGAUGAUAUCCCCUUUAUGAUCUACAAAAAAUCUACUUCCACAUUCAGAGAUGAAAUAGAUUCAGUCCAUUUCUUGAACAUUAUCAUCAAAUCGCCGAAAGAGAUUGAAGAUGAAGAGAUGGAGGGAGAAAGAGAUGAGAGGUUUGUCAGACCAUGACUCGGUGUGCAUGAAUGGACAGUUCGCUGAUAUAGUCAUCUGCUUCCAAUGUAGAGAAGAGCAAAGGGAGCCAUCCAUCGCUGGGCACGUGGACACAACCUUGUUAGUCUCUCUUCUCUUUUCACAGACACUCACACAGAAAGUAAGACAUACGCGAAUACAUGGGAACUUGUCCAUGAGAAUAAGCUGGAAUCCCGUGAUAGGUUUUUCAUGCAUUUGGAUUGACAGAGUGUCUGAGACCUACAUAUAAUGAUUUUGAAACCCAGGCUGAACUGCUCAUGCACUGCACUGCAUUGUGCAUUAGACAUUAUUAGUCCUGCAAUGAGAUGACAAACGCUUGUGGAAAUGAUAGUUUUGUUCUCAUAGAGUAUCCCGAGUUUGUUCAAUAACUUGGAAGCGUGUAAAUUUAUGUUUAAUGAAAACAAUGCACUGUAAGACAGUUUACAUGAGUCAAACAUUAUGUCUGGUAUCCCAAAAGUCUUGGAAAUAAACUACUUUUUCCUG